GUGCAGUGCGACAACGAGCAUGUGCCAUCUCGAAAAGCAAAUGCCGAGUCAUACAAUAAAGACGAAUUAAUUCGACAUCUUGCAUUGUGAUCCUUCAGUUUGACAAAUAAUAACAAAUUAAAGUGCAAACAAGAAUCGUAAGAUGACGGUGACGAAUCGGAUGGAAAUCGAGUCGGCCUACCAAAAAGGCGAGGGAUUCCGGUCCUACUACAUCCAAAAGAUCGAGGAACUGCAGCUGGUGGUGGCCGAGAAGCACCAGAAUUUGAGACGUCUACAGGCCCAGCGCAAUGAGCUCAAUGCUAAAGUUCGGAUGCUGCGGGAGGAGCUGCAGCUGCUCCAGGAGCAGGGUAGCUAUGUGGGCGAGGUUGUGAAGCCCAUGGACAAGAAGAAAGUGCUGGUUAAGGUCCAUCCCGAGGGCAAGUUCGUCGUCGAUCUGGACAAAAACAUCGAUAUCAACGACGUAACCCCCAAUUGCCGUGUGGCCCUGCGCAAUGAGAGCUAUACGCUGCACAAGAUUCUGCCCAAUAAGGUGGACCCGCUGGUCUCGCUUAUGAUGGUUGAAAAAGUUCCAGACUCCACAUACGAAAUGGUUGGCGGCCUGGACAAACAGAUUAAGGAGAUCAAGGAGGUGAUUGAGUUGCCCGUAAAGCAUCCAGAGCUGUUUGAUGCCUUGGGUAUUGCCCAGCCGAAGGGAGUGCUCCUUUAUGGACCUCCAGGUACAGGAAAGACUUUGCUGGCCAGGGCCGUUGCCCACCACACCGAGUGCACCUUCAUUCGCGUCUCUGGCUCGGAGCUGGUCCAGAAAUUCAUCGGCGAGGGUUCGCGCAUGGUUCGAGAACUCUUUGUAAUGGCCCGUGAACAUGCCCCUUCAAUUAUUUUCAUGGACGAAAUCGAUUCCAUUGGCUCGUCGCGUAUUGAGUCAGGUUCCGGCGGCGAUUCCGAGGUGCAGCGUACUAUGCUGGAGCUACUCAACCAGCUGGACGGCUUUGAGGCCACCAAGAACAUCAAGGUGAUCAUGGCCACCAAUCGCAUUGACAUCCUGGAUCCCGCUCUGCUGCGUCCCGGCCGCAUUGAUCGCAAGAUCGAGUUCCCGCCACCAAACGAGGAGGCGCGUCUGGACAUCCUGAAGAUCCACUCCCGUAAGAUGAACCUCACGCGUGGCAUUAAUCUGCGCAAGAUCGCCGAGCUCAUGCCAGGUGCAUCGGGUGCCGAGGUCAAGGGCGUCUGCACGGAGGCCGGCAUGUAUGCGCUGCGCGAACGUCGCGUCCAUGUCACCCAGGAGGACUUCGAGAUGGCCGUGGCCAAGGUGAUGCAGAAGGACUCGGAGAAGAACAUGUCUAUCAAGAAGCUGUGGAAAUAGGCGUUGAUCGGCCAUUGCAAAAGAACCCUUAUUUUAUAUUCAAUAAAUACAUCAGUUAGUAACAUAAA